UUGCGAAACAGAAGCAGGGUUUGGAAGGGACCUCCUACAAUGCUCACAGGGGAUCCACAAAACAACCACAUCCUCAGCGACACUGCAGCAGAUGACGACUUCCAAUAUGUCAGAUAUGUCAUUGUGCACUGAACUUGAUCACACUGUCUGUGACACAAAUUAAUGAAUUCAUUUGGCUUUAGAACUACUCAAACAAUUAUGCCAUGUGGCAUGGUUAGCAGAAUCUAUCAAAACCAAUAAGGCUUUUAGGUGCCAUUGAUGAUCUCAGUUAUCGAACAGAACAGUCCAUUGUUGCCCUCAUGGCUGUGAAACAACAGCUAAUCAGCUCACUGGUGUUGUGUUACCUGAUUCAAUAUGUUGCAUGUUUCUGCAAUGUCACCUGCACCACAGACUACAAUACAUCCCUGAACUGUUCCUGCUUAGACACAGUGCCCUCGUCUCCCAUUCUCCUUGAGGCAGAGUGCAGAGAUUCUGAAUACCAAGUGAAUGAUAGCUGUGAAAUAACACCCUCACAAAGCUGGUGUAUAAUACAACCAGAAGAUUUUUUCAUGUUAAUAUCCACUGACACUACCUGCACUGCAAGAGUAAAGCACACAGGAAAUGAUGACAGAAUGAAAACAGAUGACUCAACUGACUGGAAAUUGUAUAAAUUAGUGAAGCCGCAGCAUCCAGUCAAUGUACAAGUGACAGAGAACAUUGACAGCUACAACAUCACUUGGCAGAUGGAUGAAAACAUUUACCUUGAUAAAUUCUUAAUGUACAGGGUGCGGAUUACAACAAAUAACUAUUUAAAGGAUCCAGUCUAUUACCCUGUAAGAGAAGACCAGAGGUACCUAGUGCUAAACAGCCUUCAACUGCAACCAGGAACUGAGUAUGUGGCAAAUGUUCAGGCCUCAGUGAACCCUGUGUGUAACUACCAAGGUCCCUGGAGUGAAUGGAGCUCCACUGUAGAAUGGAGGACUACAGAAGGGAAUGCUAAGUUAUGGUGUCAGUGGCCCGUUUUACUGACCAUUCUCCUCUGUUUGAUCCUGUGCUGCCUCUUUAAAAUAUUGUGGCUGAAGAAGCUACACUUGAUGAACUAUUCCCCAAGCCCAGAGGACUUUUUCAAACCUCUCUACCACACAUAUGGAGGGGAUUUUAAGAAAUGGGUUGGACCUGUCUUCAUCUUCAGUGAGCUGGAUCCCUUAGAGAAAAACCCACCUACACAGAGGAUGACUGAGAAGCAGCUAGACAUCCUCGGGCUGUCCAGGCUGAGUGUGGAGGAAGACAGCAGCAGCAGUGGGGACCAGCGCACCUGUCACUCUGCUGGACACGUCUCCAUCAAUACUGUGAUGGUGUCUGGGGAGGAAGGAGCUUUGUCAGGGAGUUCUUGGGUGACAUACAAGUGCAACCAAGGUGGGGAAAGCUUCUCCCAAUAUACUGGAGGCAGCAGAGGAGGUAUGGACACUGAGGCGGAGGGCCCUCUUGGUGCUGGGACAGAAGAGGAAGGAGGGUUAUCUGGGCAGAGUGGAAGACGGGCAUCAACGGGCCUGCCUGCUAUGAAGUGGCAGUUCCAGCUACAGGCCUGCAACUAUCAACCAGAGCAGAUUUCAUUGGACUCAGAGGACGGCUACCCUCCUAUGGUGCUGGAUCUGGACAGUGUGGACACCAUUGACAGUGGAGUCUUUGUUGAGUCUGACUGUAGCAGUCCUGUGAACACUAACUUUGAUUCUAAGAAGCAGAUAGUAAAGCAGAGUCUGAGUGGGGUAGGCAGUUCCCCUUCUGAAUAUGUCAAACAGUGGGUGACGGGUAACACUAUGCAAGAGGACACAACCAACUCAGGACAGAACAGGACGAUGUGAGUUCUCCCUCAUCUCCUGUGUCACUGACAGUGUUUCAGCAUAUUUGUAAAAUUCCUUACUUUCCCUGGCAUAGGUAUAUUGUUCAUAUUGUCAUCAUGUUUUUUUUUCAAAGUGGAGUAGGAAUGAUUUCUUCCCAACAUAAAAAUUGUUUGUCGUAGUAAUACAAUAAUAUUGUUUGACAAUAGUUGUCAUGUUGCAUUAUGUAAAUAGAUGUAGAUUACUCAUUUUGGCCUUCCCAGACCUAGAUUUUGGCCUUCCCAGACCUAGAUUUUGGCCUUCAUGUAAAUUAAUCAUUUUUUACGGCUUCAUUUCUCAUGCAUUUUCCAUGUGGAAAGGGUAUUGUUUUUAUAUCAUGUUUGUCAUCUAAUGUUUCUUAUGUUUGUGACAAUGGAUCCAGUUGAGUUUGCAUUCAUUUUCAAUCACUUAUUAAAUCUUUAAAGGGAUAA